UUUGAUCACCAUGGUGGAUGUGAAAUGUCUGAGUGACCAUGAAUUGCACAAGCAUCUUAAGACGCUUGGGUUCACACCUGGCCCAAUACUACCUUCCACCAGAAAAAUAUAUGAAAGAAAACUAGUGCAAUUGCUGGCCUCGCCUCCCUGUGAAUCUGUCAUGAAGAGACCCAGAAGGCUGCCUGGCUCUGAGGACAGCGAUGACAGUGAAGAUCCAUCCGUAGAUAUCAUUUUGAAAGGAAAUAUCAAAUUCUCAAAAAACAAGGAAGGCAAGAAGAGACUUGAGGCUUCUACUAAUAAAAGAAGAAUCUUAGACAUCUACUACCUGAGCCAGAAGCCUACAAAGAAAGUCAGGUGCGCUGCAAGACCAAGUCCGAGGAACAAGCGUCGGUAUAUCACCGACUGCAGCCAAUGCGUCACCGCCUACAACCAAUGCUCCGAGAGCAGCUUCCUAGACCAGUAUCCCAGGAACUAUUGCCUAAGCCAGAACCCCGAGAGCAGCGAGCCAUGGGGCUUGAAGCUGGCCAUCCUUGGGAUUUUCUUCAUUGUGUUGUUUGUCUACAUAAUUGUGGAAAAGAAGCCGCUCUUCGGUUAAGCCCUUGAGGAGCAAAGCAGCGUCUGCAGUGCCCGGAUCUUUAACUGGAACCACAGAGCUGUGCUGAAGGGCCAUGGUUACAACCAGGCAACCCCUCCCCGCCCUAUACUGGCUCUCCUGGCUGUUUCUGGGUUCAGCCAGGUGGAGGAGCAAGGGCAGAACCAGGCAGCAUGGUGGUGCAUGAUGGUCUGUAAGCCAAGUAAGCCAUCAUUAAAGGUGCUGAUACAUCA